AUGGCCGCCUCGCCAUCCUCCAGGGCGGCCACGCCCGACGAGCCUCCAAGCUCCCCUCCAGCACACAUCGCCCGCUACGAGAGGUCCUUCAUGACCAACGUCACCGAGGACGAAGACCGCUCCAAGAUGGGCACCCCCGAACCUGGCACGCGCCGUCGCGGCAGACACAAUGCCAACAGCCAGCCUUCUAUCGGCAAGGUCAGGCAUCUCAAGAAGGAUGACGGCGAGCCACUCUGGCGCGUCGAUAUCCAGUACGACUUCCUCAAGGCCGUCUUCGACAACGAGAAGCCAGUUUUCACCAACAGCUGGGAACCAAGCAAGCCGAAACAAUGCUUCGCCGACCUCUACAUCGACACCAUGUCGAGAAGCUCCAAGACCAGCAAGGUCCUGCGCGACAAACUGCUUAGCGAUCGGGAAGCCGCAAAGGGCAUGGCCAUGGUCUGUCUUCUGGUCAACAUCGGCCGGAUGAACACCACCCUGAAUUUCUUCCCAGAGAUGCGAGCUCAGCUACGGACGUACCAUGCCAUUCCAUCCCUCCAAGCACGCCAGGACCCAAACUCGUACAAGCAAUUGCAGGACGCUCCUAGGCUGAAGUCGAUACUGAAGGGUGGCUCAGAAGAUCGCGUGGAGCCUUCUACGCUGGAUGGCAUCAAGCAAAUGAACGUCCCCAGAACCAAUCCCGUGAAUCUCUUGUUUGUCAUCUGUGCUUCAGCUGCUAAGAUUGCUGAAUUACACUUUCCUCCUGGCGGCGAGUUCCACGAUCUUAUCAUGAAGACAGACACCAGCAGCACCUCAAGGGCUCGUGCUUUCUUGUGGAUCAUGUGGUUCUACCUGGAGUCAGACUUUACAGAGGAGGGCUGCAUGGAGAACCCUUUCGGCGAGGGUGUCGACUACGGCGUGGAUGUGGCCAAUCAAGGCGUGCCCCGUCUGGAGCAGUUAUCACGGACGGAGCAGGAAUACGAAAACGUCGAUACACAAGAAGAACUGGACUUCGGUCUUCAGAAGCAGGCCAUGAGGAAGAAGAUCAUCGAGGCAGACCAACAGUAUGCCAUCGAGUCUAAUACCAAGCGUGGAGCUGCGAGAGCACGAAUGUUCCCGGCCGGAGAAGAUGGUUCAACAAUGGGCAUCCUGCCUCGAAUCAGGCCCUCGAAGCACGAGUCCGACAUGGAUAGCGUCCGCUCGACUCCUCCGCCACGAGGUCCUGGUCGUCAUAAGGAUGGCAUUGGUAGCUCUCGCCGGGGUGGUGCGCCACUUAAGUACCAGAUAUUUGAGGGAUCAUCCCCUGGCGGUCCGCAGAUGAUCGAGGGAAUAGUGCCACGAAAGCCCAGGCCGCCAACGGCACACCAGAUAGCUGUCGAGCGCAACCGGUCUCAACGUGUUGAGCACAUUCUGGACCGCGGCAUCAGGAAGCGGCAUAAGAAGUCGCGUCGUCUCCGCAAAACGGAUGGCGCCAUCAUUCGAGCUGCAAAACGCGUGCUGCAAAUGGAAGAUCCGUUCGAGGACAGCGAGGGAGAUGAAAACGUCAGCGCAAUGAAGCAUCAUCUUUUGGUUGGCCCCGCAGCCUUCGCUCCCGGUGUCGAUCCUGUUACUGCAAGGAAGACAGCCUUCCGGGAAAGGGGCCUCGGUGGUCUGGUGUCCCUUGUCACUGAACAAGACGAUUUUGGCGAGGAGAUGGUUGCCUACUCAGCAGCGCUGCGCCGAGCCACCCGCCGUCUCGACAGAUGGGAGCGCUACAAUGGUCCCGAUGUUGGACCAGUGGCUACGAUCAAGAAGCCCAGGCCCGAACCCGCGAACGACGGUAGAGACCCCGACGAGACUGAAGAGGAGCUCGACGCAACAAACUUCAGCCUAGACGGGAGCUUGCUGGCGGCACCUAGGGGCCUGUCCCGGAGCAAGUCCAACGGCGUACCUGCCAGCUCCAACGGUGAUGUUGCCAUGGAGGACGCCGAGGAUCUCAACGAGGAAGAUAAAGAGCUCCUGGGUAUAGCGAGUGACCGUGAGGACGGAGAUGGCGAGGGAGACGCCGAAGACGAAGAGCUUGACGACAUAGAGCUUACUAUGCUCGGUCGAAAGGACGUCUCUGAUUCGGAGUAG